AUGUCUCAAAACACCGGCCUCUUCAGCGUGCGCCGCCCGCGCGAAACUUUGGGAAGCAUUCAGAACUAUUCCUCAAUACCACAACCCGCGUCAGCAAUGAAGGCGCCUCAUACGGCGCAACAUGCGCGCUCGACAUCUGGGUACACCGGCAUGCGGCCACCGCAACCGAAUUUCAAGCGCUCAUCGUCUGGCGGCAACCUGGCAGACAUGGGCAUGUCAACAGUCCGGAGGUCAACAUCCACCAAUGUUUUCGCGAGUGGUCGCCAGAGCCUUGCGCCUAAUCAGCUGUUUGGCUCGCAGACUCCGGCGUCUGGUAGUGUGCAACGACGAAGUAGCAUCUACUCGAGACCCUCGAACCACGGUCCACUCGCCAACCAGUCAUUCUUCAUCCAGUCUGCGCCUCCCGCCGCAAAUGCAAAGGACCAACGUCCCCUUCGUGAUCCUUCUUAUCGCGCGCGAAUCGGACAAGAGCUGAUGGACUAUCUCUCACAAAACAACUUCGAGCUUGAAAUGAAGUGUUCUUUACGACAAGAUUCCCUGAAGUCGCCCAGUCAGAAGGAAUUCACCAACAUUUUCCAGUGGCUCUACCGACGCAUCGAUCCCGGCUAUAGAUUCCAGAAGGGCGUCGAUACCGAAGUUCCACCAAUUCUGAAGCAACUUCGCUACCCUUACGCCUGGCAGAUCACAAAAUCUCAGCUUGGUGCAGUGGGCAGCCAGACAUCCUGGCCCGUCUUUCUUGGGCUCCUCCACUGGCUCAUGCAGCUCGCCCAGAUGCUCGAGAACUUCACCCGUGGUGCCUACGAUGAUGCUUGUGCUGAGGCUGGGAUUGAUGUAUCUGGUGAUCGCAUUGUGUUCCGCUUCCUCUUUGGCGCGUAUCAGGAUUGGCUCGGCGUCGGUAAUGACGAAGACGAGGAAAACGCUGAUGCUGCGCUCUUGCCACAUAUCCAGGCCAUGGCGGAGGCUUUCGAGAAGAUCAAUGCCAAACAUGGCGAAGAGCUCAAAAUAUACGAAGCGGAGAACCAGGCUCUGAAAGAGCAAGUCGAAGAGCUCGAAAAGGCGACUCCUGAUAUCUCGAAACUGGACAAUGUUUUCAAGAUCUUAGAAGACGACACCAAGAAAUUCGAGGACUACAACACCAAUGUUGCGGCGAAAAUCGAAAAGUACGAAUCCAGGAUCAAGGUCCUGGAGAAGGAGAUCCAGAACACGAUCUCUGAGCUCUCGGCAGCUGAGGAGGAGCGUGGUUCUUUGCAACACCAAGUCGAUGCCCAAGGCCUCAGCUUGCAGGACAUCGAUCGCAUGAACACGGAACGCGAACGCCUGACUAAGAGUCACGAUGAUGCCGUUGUAAUGCUCGAGGAGGUCAGCAAAAAGGUUCUGGCCAAGGAGAUUGAGACAGCUCAGAAACUAGAAGACCUUGAGGGUGUCAUCAAACGCUACAACUCCCUGGGUUACCAACUGUCGCUCAUUCCUUCUACCGCCGCUAAUGCUCGUGGGAACAACUACGAGCUGAAGCUGAACCUGCCGACAGCCACCUUCUCGACUUCGCAGUCAGGCCGAACCUCGCGUCGGGGAUCACCUUCGGAUGGUGACCGCCUUCUUGGCUCCAGCAACCCUGCUACGGGUCAUUCACCCGCUCACCUGCUCAACCUAGAUCUCCGAGGUACGGUCCGAUCUACCUUUGUGUCACUCCGCAAAGAGAUCAAUGAGCGUCGCAAGGCCGCUGCGGACGCGGACCUCAAUGCGCGUGACAUGCUUGAGAACGUUGUCGACGCCCUGGCGGAGAAGAAUAACGAGAUCGACAACUUGAACCACCGCAUGCGCGAGGCGAGCACCAACUACAACUCGCUCAAGGAGACGGGAAACACGACACACACGCAGCAGACAUCGGCCAUCGAACGGCUCGAGGCCGAGCUGUCGCGCAUGCGGGAGGGGCUGAACAGGGGCGCGGUGGAAAUGGAGCAGAAGGAGCUAGAAGCGACAUUGGCGUGGGAGCAGAUGCAGGAUGAGGCGGGCCAGAUCCGCGAGCAGCUGCACGCGGAUGUGGAGAAGAUGUUGGAGGAGGUGGUCAACUUCAAGGUGCAUGUGCAGAAGGGCUUGGAGGAGUUUGAGAACACUGUCGGCAUGGAGGUCGAAGAGGAGCUUGCGGAAGGGGAGGCCAUGGAAGAGGAUGGCGUUGUCUUUGAGUAG